CCCGGCUCGCGAGACUCACAAAAGAUAUCGCGGUAUUUUCUCUGGAGCGCUACUUCUGUGACCAUGGUGAUUGUAAACAAGCUAGACAGAAAUGGAAGUGCCCGGGGAAUCAGACGACGGUCCUUUUUAUUUUGAGCAGGUCUCCAUACCAGAAGACUCCGAGGAUGGUUACCAGUAUAAGGAAGUCACUCUUGAUGAUGACAGCAGCCACACAGAGGAGGAUGAGGGUUUGGAGGCCACUGUGAAAGCGACACGGGAGCACACUGAAGGCACAGGGUCAGUGGACCACAGAAUUUUCAAGGAUGCUAGCAAGGUGUCCCACAUACCUGAAACAGUUGAUGACUUCCUCCGGAAUUUCCUCGUCAAGAUGCGGAUGCAAAGAACGCUGCAGAGUUUUCAGACGGAGUGGUAUGAGAUGGCGCAGCAGGGUGAGCUCAGAGCAGAGCUGGCAGGCUCAGUGCCUGAUGCCUACACCCACAACCAGCUCCUGGAGAAGCAGCUGGAGGACAUGCAGCGAGAGCGUGACACUUACAGGAGAGAGUCCCUCAAAGCCUCGGAGGCCCUGGCCAAGGUGCAGAAAGAGCGCGACUUUCACUGCAUGCAGCACAAGCGCGUACUCCAGGAGAAGAACAGACUGACAGAGGAACUCAGGAAGCUGCAGAAGCACCAUGCAUCUUGUGAGGCAGCUCUCAGCCUGCUGACGCAUAAGUACCAGGAGAGUCUGAAACAGAAGGUGCUAAUCAGCCUGGAGAGGGACAAGGCACUGGGACGGCAUCGCAACACCAGCACCAGCAGGACACAGCUUCAGGAGGCGAAGUCAGCCUGUGGUGCCUCCCAAGCGAGACCUGAGCGAGAUGGCAGCAGAGAAGCAGGAGCAGUAGCACCAGCUGGCAUGUCUGACUCUCCCGCCCGACCCACCACUCGGAGCAGCGCAGGGAGACACUCCAAAGACUCCGAGUUCCCUGCCGACACACGUGUCAGUCCCCUGCUCUCCCAGAGGAGGGCGCUGUCGGUCAAGGCCUCAGGCUUUCGGCUGAGCGGCACCCUACAGGCCCACAUGCUGCCCAUCAGUGGCCUGGCACUGCACCCGCGUAAGUUGCUGGUGGCCACAGCCAGUGACGAGGGCACAUGGAAGCUGCUGGAGGUGCCAGGGGGCCAGGUUGUCGCCAGCGUGGGGGGGGAACAUGGGGAUUGGCUGUCAGGGUGCUGUUUCCACUCAGAUGGCAAGACCCUGGCCACCAGCGGCGGAGAUGCUGCGGUGAGACUGUGGGACACGGAGCGGGGCGGCUGUGUGCUGACACUGCGAGGCCAUGCCAGCGCUGUGUGGGGCUGCUCCUUCCACUCCUGCGGUCUCUUCCUGGCCUCCUGCUCACAGGAUGGCACGGGGAGGCUGUGGGACCUGCAAAGCGAGCGCUGCCGGGGGGUGCUGCGUGGCCACGCCUGCGCCGUCAACAGUGUGGCCUUCCUGGUUUCCUCCAGCACGCUGCUGACCGCCUCGGCCGACAGCACCGUGGCCCUGUGGGACGCCCGCACGUGUCUGCGCGCCACGACCUUCACCGGCCACCAGCACCCCUGCAACCACGCGACAUUCAGCGCCAGCGGCGACGCCUUGGCCUCCUGCGACUCACGGGGCAUCGUGAAGCUGUGGGAUGUGCGGACAGCGCAGGCUGUGGCCGUUGUGGACCUUGGCCCGCAUGCCACCAACCAGGUGGCCUUUGGCCCGUUGGGGCGGGAGCUAGCCGUCGCUGGGGAUGAUGGCACCAUCAAGGUGGUGGAGAUCAGCUCAGCGCAGGUGAACGGCCUGACAGGGCACGAGGGUGCAGUCCACAGCGUGGUGUUCGACCACAGAGGCGAGCGCCUCCUGUCUGGAGGCUCCGAUGGGACCGUGCGAAUCUGGGAAUGAAGCGGCUCGCAUGCAGCAUGACCUUUAACCCCCCGGGAAGUAAGAUGCUUAACCAAUGCAGAGAAAAGCCGUACUGCUGGUCAAUGUGACCAAGCAACAUCCACAUUGUUAGUAAGUAAAUUAGUUACAUAUGAAAUUAAGCUGAAAUAAAACAUUUUAUGGCAAAUGC